CUUUUUUCCUCCUCCCGCUUUCCGUUCUCGGAGCAUGGCGGCCCCCGUGGUCCGCCUGUGGCUCGGCCUUCAGCCGGGGGUUAGGACUCUGCGUGCCCUCUCCACCGUCGUGUCCCCGGCCACUCACGCUCGGAGACCUGGCCUGCGUACAAUAGAAAGAACAUCCAAAAGUGAAAGGCAGCUGAGAAGAAAGGCACUGCCUCCUAGGACAGAGAAAAUGGCUGUUGACCAGGACUGGCCUAGUGUUUACCCUGUUGCAGCACCAUUUAAACCCUCCACAGUACCUCUACCUAUUCGAAUGGGUUAUCCAGUAAACAAAGGAGUGCCUAUGGCAAAGGAGGGAAAUCUGGAACUUUUAAAGAUUCCCAAUUUUCUGCAUUUGACUCCUGUAGCAAUUAAAAAACACUGUGAAGCUCUUAAAGAUUUCUGUACUGAAUGGCCAGCUGCACUAGACAGUGAUGAGAAAUGUGAGAAGCAUUUUCCGAUUGAAAUUGACACAGCUGAUUAUGUUUCAUCAGGACCAUCUAUUCGAAACCCUAAAGCUCGAGUAGUAACCUUAAGGGUGAAACUUUCCAGUUUGAAUUUAGAUGAUCAUGCAAAGAAGAAACUUAUUAAACUUGUAGGAGAACGAUACUGCAAGACCACAGAUGUACUUACCAUCAAAACAGAUAGGUGCCCUUUAAAAAGACAGAAUUAUGAUUAUGCAAUGUAUCUACUAACAGUUUUAUACCAUGAAUCUUGGAAAACUGAAGAAUGGGAAAAAAAUAAGACUGAAGCAGACAUGGAAGAAUAUAUAUGGAAAAAUAGUGCCUCAGAAAAAAAUAUCCUGGAAACACUUCUUCAAAUUAAAGCUGCUGAGAACACAGAAGUAAAUAAAGAAGAACUUCUUGGAACUAAAGAAGUUGAAGAUUACCAAAAAUCUGUUGUUACUCUUAAGAAUGAGGGGGAAAAUGAAAUUACCCUUUCUCAGUACAAAGAAUCAGUGAAGAGAAUAUUAAGUUUGGCAUGAAUUACAACAUAGAAAACCCUGCUUUGAUAUACUAAUUUUAUGAUAUAUGUAAUCAAUAUCUAAUUUGAUAUAAAAGUGAAAAUGUUUAAAAACCAUUAUUUUACAUCAGAGUUAAAAUUGUUCCUUUCAUUCAAAUGUAUGAUGGCAAUGAUUAUUUCCAAGUUUUCUAAGCUUAUACACUGGGUUUAUUAGACUAAUCAGAAGAUCUCUGUGAUUUCUCUGCUUCUAACUUUGAUUUUAUUUCUGUAUAACAUCUUUAAUAUCCGUAUACUUACAUAUAUAUAAUAUUAAAGGUGUUAAUAUUCAUAUUAAGUAUUAUUUUGUCACCUGCCACAUUUCUUUCCCCUCAGAUUGGCAUUAUUGGCAUUAUUGGCUUUUGAGAGAUGAUUUUGGUUAUUUGAAAAGCUAGGCUCAGAACCCAGCCCCUUCACUUGCAGCUCAGUGCUGUUUCCAUGCUUGUUAGCCUUACAAUCUAUCCUACACUAUCGCCAAUUCUGGGUUGAAACAGAUCCUCAAUUAAAGUAUUUUCUAAUCUAAAAAGUUUGUUCCAUCUCUCCC